AUGGCCACUUCUCAAGACUCAUCUUCAACCAAAACGGAGAGGGUGGUGAUAAAGGGGAGGGUGCAAGGAGUAUUUUACAGGAAUUGGACGGUGGAUAAUGCCACGGAAUUGGGGUUGAAGGGAUGGGUUCGAAACCGGAGGGAUGGUUCUGUGGAGGCUCUGUUCUCCGGUAGUUUUGAUGCGGUGAAGGAAAUGGAGCAGAGGUGUCGUCGCGGUCCCUCCCAAGCUGUUGUCACUGGCCUUGAGGUUCUCCCCUGCGGUGAUGAUCCUGGUACUGCUUUCCUACGCAAACCAACUGUUUGA